GCCCGCCUGCAGCGCUGCUCCCUCUCAGGAUGAAGGUGGCUGUGCGUCUCCCCAGAAGCAGGCGCCCGGCUGACAUCCACUCGGCAGACCAGGACUCACCAAGGCCUCCGGCAGGGCCCAGACCCUUCCCUGGUCUACAGGCCGGAGGGGCACCCUGAGGCGGCCAAGGACAAGGGCAGCUUCCGGAACUACACCUCCGGCCCGCUCCUGGACCGCGUCUUCGCCACCUACAAGCUCAUGCACACGCACCAGACGGUGGACUUCGUCCGGAAGAAGCACUCCCAGUUCAGGAGCUUCUCCUACAAGAGAAUGACCGUCCUGGAGGCUGUGGACAUGCUGGACGGGCUGGUGGACGAGUCGGACCCAGACGUGGACUUCCCCAACUCCUUCCACGCCUUCCAGACGGCCGAGGGCAUACGGCAGGCCCACCCCGACAAGGACUGGUUCCACCUGGUGGGGCUCCUGCACGACCUGGGGAAGGUGCUGGCUCUGGCGGGGGAGCCCCAGUGGGCGGUCGUCGGCGACACCUUCCCCGUGGGCUGCCGUCCCCAGGCCUCUGUGGUUUUCCACGACUCCACCUUCCAGGACAACCCCGACCUCCAGGAUCCUCGAUACAGCUCGGACCUCGGCAUGUACCAGCCGCACUGUGGGCUCGAGAACGUCCUCAUGUCCUGGGGCCACGAUGAGUACAUGUACCAGGUGAUGAAGUUCAACAACUUCUCCCUGCCCCCUGAGGCCUUCUACAUGAUCCGGUUCCACUCCUUCUACCCGUGGCACACGGGGGGCGACUACCGGCAGCUGUGCAGCGAGCAGGACCUGGCCAUGCUGCCCUGGGUGCAGGAGUUCAACAAGUUUGACCUCUACACCAAGUGUCCCGACCUGCCGGAUGUGGACCAGCUGCGACCCUACUACCAGGGCCUCAUUGAUAAGUACUGUCCCGGGGUCCUGAGCUGGUGACCGGCCGCCCGCCCUGCUCAGGCCUGCCCGGGUUCCCUGGGGGCAGCCGGUGUCGGGCACGGGGACAGCCCACCCCAGCCUCCCCGGGGGACCUGCCUGCCGUCCUUGCUCCCCACCCGUGGCCUCUCGUUCGGUGGCAAUAAAGACCUAGAAGCAGCCCUAGCUGUUUGGCUCAGUGAAUAGAGCAUCGGCCCGCAGACCGAAGGGUCCCGGGUUCGAUCCCGGUCAAGGGCACCUACCUCGGGUGCAGGCUUCUCC